AUGGUGGGGGAGGGUCAGCGGGUAGCUUUGAAGAAGGGAAGUGGCGGGGCAAGCAAAGGUGAAGAGCCAGAAAAGCUGCCUGAGCUGGCAGAGGAAGAAUCCCAGGUUCUGCAUGGAACUGGCCACUGUAAGUGGUUCAAUGUACGCAUGGGAUUUGGAUUCAUCUCCAUGAUAAACCGAGAGGGAAACCCCUUGGAUAUUCCAGUGGAUGUAUUUGUACACCAAAGCAAACUAUUCAUGGAAGGAUUUAGAAGCUUGAAAGAAGGAGAGCCAGUGGAAUUUACAUUUAAAAAAUCCCCCAAAGGCCUUGAGUCAAUACGGGUAACAGGCCCAGGUGGGAGCCCCUGCUUAGGAAGUGAAAGAAGACCUAAAGGGAAGACACUGCAAAAAAGAAAACCAAAGGGAGAUAGGUGGAGACGGCAGGAUUUACUGAUGGAUCAGAUGUGGACUGUGAGAGAAGAAGAGUCCAGGAUGAUUCCAAGAUGCUACAACUGCGGUGGCCUUGACCAUCAUGCUAAAGAAUGUAGUCUACCUCCUCAGCCAAAGAAGUGCCAUUACUGCCAGAGCAUCAUGCACAUGGUAGCAAACUGCCCGCACAGGAUUAUCGCACAGUCGCCCGCCAGUGCUCAGGGAAGACAGGAGACAGAGUCCCAGCCGUGCACUUCCGUUUCGCCAAGAGAAGUGGGAGGGGGCCAUGGCUACACAUCACCUUUUCCUCAGGAGGCGAGGUCAGAGAUGGCAGAGCUGUCAGACAGGUCACCCCAAGAAGUUUCUUCCACGAAGGCAUUUGUAGCAACAGAAGAGCCAAACAAAAAGGGGCCUUCAAUUCAGAAACGGAAAAAAUCGUAAUCUUGUCGGCAUUUUCUUCACCCGGCUGGGAAGUCUACCUCACGCAAGCACAGGGGAAUAGUAUUCUACAGAUAGCAGCUGACCGGGAUUUUAACUACUGUUGAAGAACUGUGAAUUUCUUAAUCAGACAAAUCAUUCUUGAGCAAAUUACAUUUAAGCAGGGUUUCAUGUUUUAUAGACUCGAAAUACAUAUAGUAUGUGCUGCAUAAGUGAGAAGAGAGACUUGAGUCUAUAUGUAUGUGUGGGGAUUUCACAUAGGAGCACAGGUGUAUACAUACACAUACAUGUGUAUAGAUGUAUGUGUGUAUAGGCCUGUCUUUAUACAUGUAUUAUGGAGAUAUAAGCACAUACUCUCCCACAGAUAAUUGGGCAUCUCCAAGCAUUGAAAGUCCAUGUGAAGCAUUUGAGGUGGUCUCAGAAUUAACCCUUGGAAUUUUCCCUAAUUUUCUUUUAUAUUACAUAAACAUAACCUCCUGACUGUUA